AAUACCUCCAACCUCUACUCAUUUCCAGUUUUCAACGACGAAGACUAGUGCCAGUAUACUCAAUAUGCCUAAAGUCCUUCUUACUGGAGGUAGUGGCUUCAUUGCUGCUCACAUCGUCGACAAUCUCUUAGAGCGUGGAUUUGAUACAGUUGUUACGGUGCGGUCCGAUGAAAAAGGCCAGAAAAUCCUUAAUGCGCAUCCAAACACACCAAAGGAGAAGCUCUCCUAUACUAUUGUUCAGGAUGUUGCGGCAGAUGGCGCAUUUGACGAAGCUAUCAAAUCCGAUCCGCCGUUCGACUAUGUUCUACAUACCGCAUCGCCAUUUCACUUUAACAUCUCAGACCCUGUGAAGGAUUUCUUGGAGCCAGCCGUAAAGGGUACUACCGGCAUUUUGAAAGCAAUCAAAGCCCAUGCUCCAUCUAUUAAGCGGGUGGUGGUUACAUCAUCCUUCGCCGCAAUCGUCAAUCCUAAAGCACAUGCGAAGGUGUACAGUGAGGAGAAUUGGAACCCUGUAACGUGGGAGGAGGCUAUGGAUCCUGCUCAAACAUACAGAGCAAGCAAGACAUUUGCUGAAAAGGCCGCUUGGGAAUUCGUCGAGAAGGAAAAGCCAAACUUCGACAUUGCAACCAUCAACCCGCCUCUGGUUUUCGGUCCUGUUGUUCCCUACCUGAAUUCUCUGGACGCCAUCAAUACUUCUAACCAAAGACUUGCAAACCUGGUCCAAGGGAAAUUCAAAGAUGGCCUUCCUCCUACGGGUACGUUCUUGUGGGUCGAUGUCCAUGACGUCGCAUUAGCCCAUGUUAGGGCUAUCGAGGUUCCUGAAGCCGGUGGGCAAAGGUUUUUCACCACUUCUGGCUACUUUACCAACAAAGAGCUUGUGGAAGUGGUACGAGAGUCGUUUCCUGAGAUCGCAGACAAGCUACCCUCAACGAAUGCGCCUAGCGACUUGCCUGAUGAUGUGUAUGGCUACGACAACAAGAAGUCGAUUGAGAUUCUAGGUAUUCAGUAUCGGCAACUGAGGGAAACAGUUGUUGACACUGUCAAGUCAAUUCUCAGCGUUUCUGCGUGAUCAUAUAUGAUGAUGCGCUACGUACCAUCCAUUUGAAAGAGCAAGUCAGUGUUAACUACAUAUUCAAGACCUUAUAACCUGAGUACUUCACUUCAAGAAAGGAUCUGAAGCGCUCUGCAUUGGAAAUCAUGACUGAAGCCUACUUCGAAUGCAGAAACCGUGAUUGUGAUAGUCUCAUAACUUUCUGCCUGAAGAAACUGUUAAUAUACCUGUGAUAUAGCUCACUUGGCUCUAUAGCAGCCCUUCACUGUUUGCGUCAAUAAAAUGCAACUCAUUGG